CAUAGCUAUUGUUUUCUUUUUGUUUUUACUGAACAGAACAAAAAACCAGGUAUAAUGUUGUUUUGUGCUGAAAAUCAACGUUCAAAUAGCAAGUAAAACAGGGAUCAACUAUUGUUAUCCCCCAAAAUCGAGCAGAGAAAGACAGGGGAGUCCCCAAUUUAUGUGACCGCCGAGGAGGACGUCGCCAUGGAGGACUACGAUCUGGAGGACUACGACCUGAACUUUGUGCAACUGAGUCGCCAGCAGGUGGUGCAGCGGUAUUCGGGUGCAGUGCGUCAGCUGCGCCGCCUGGCGGACCAACGGUAUGCGGUGCGCUCCCUGAGCUUCGACAACUAUGUGCUGUUCCAGUAUUUCCGGCAGCGCAACUGGCAGACGGGCGUCACGCCCCAAAUGCCAGCCGCCCCAUUGAUGGCGUACCUCAAGCUGGAGGUACUGCAUCACCUGCUGGACCGCCGGCGCCAGAUCCUCUGCUGGCUCUUCUACCUAACGCUGGUAUCGCUCUGCGUGGCCGCCUAUCGCUACGAGACGACCAGCAGCAACGGUGGCCACCAGGAGCGCGUCGUCCAGGCCAUGGUCUAUCCGGGAAUGCGCAUGUGGCGGCGGAUGACGAUGCCACUGAUCCAACGGUUCCCACAGCUCACCGAGCUCCACGACGAGUCCUGCCUGAUGGGCAACCCGUUCUUUCAGCUGGAGGAUCUCAGCUGCGGGCCGUGUGCCGACGUGGAGAGCGUUUGGCUGGAGGGCGAGGAGUGUGUGGAUGGCUCCCACCUGCUGACGGAGCAGCAGCACCAAAAGUGCCAUCAGCCCGAGGGUUCGCCCUUUGCCUUUCGCAGCCAGCAGCUUGAGCCGAUCGAUUUGAGCCACUUCUACAACAUCUAUGCCAGCAACCAUCAGAUCUUCCAGCGCGAUGCCUAUCGGGUGCACUCCACCAACCAGGAUGUGCACAAUCUCGAGGAUCUCUUCGGUCAGUUCAACAGCAGCUGGACGCAGCAGGCUCAUAAUCUGUGGCGCUGCAAUCGGAUGCUGCCCGCCAGACUGCUGCGUCCCAUUUUCGCCCGGCCAACGCGUCUGCCCAGCAUGGGCGUGGCCAUGGAGCGUUAUGUGGCCAUCGAUACUGCCCAGGCGCCGGCCUACACUCUGCCAGAGACGGAAUGCCCCAAUGUGUAUGUCCACCAGGCGGUCGGCACGCGGUUCAUCAUCCUGCGACCCACCAGUGAGUGCCGGCACCGCUGUCGCACCCUCUCCCUGCGACUCACCCAGUCCCUUGUGCUCAGUUACAAUUGGUUGUACUGGAAACCGAUCUCUGCGCCGGAUCCCAUCUCGGAAUCGCUGUCCAUCAGCCUAAUUGGGUCCUACUGCUAAAGGAUCCAGAUUGAGAACCAUUUCCUGUUCCCACUUCCUCGCUCCUAGCUUUAAGCGCCAUAUAUACGAACAAACAACCACGACUUUAACCAAGCCAAAAUUAAUUUACGAAUUUUGCCGCCCCAUUGGAAAAGCAAGCAAACAAAAAAAAACGAAAUUAAACGAAACGAAAGGAAAGGAAAGGAAAGGAAAGCAAAGAAAGGAGGGAGGGAUAAAUCCCAAAGGAAGGAAGCUAAAAGCUGCCUUCGCUAUCAGUUUAUAGUCUCUAAGGCCACCGGCUCAAUUCGUCGCCCUGUGUAAUCCUCAAGCCCUAGAUCGUAAUCUUAGUUUAGUUUAACAGUUAACAAACUCCUGGCCGCCGCGCUUCAUCCUUGUGUUCGUCGUUCUAACCAUUCUGCAUUUACAACUCGGCUCUAAGUUCUGUUCACACCAACUAGCGUAGUAAACGAAGAAAAACUAUUUUGUAAAUAUCCAUUGCCAGACCUGAGUUUGACUUUGUGUUUUUGCAACAACUCGCAAAAUAAAAGAUACCUUAUAUUACACAACAA